UGAGGGGAAGGAGGAAGAGAAAGAGGGAGAGACAAAGCCAACAGGUUGAUCUGGAUUACAUCAACAGUCACACCCUCCUGACUUUAUGAACAUAGAACAGGUGUUUGUAAUUCAUUAGCUAAACUGAGCUCAGCAGAGACAGGAAUUAAUCUACAUUGCUGUUCCACAACCUGCUGCUUCUCUCUCGGUAGCUGACCUAGUGCUUCCUUGCUCUCCCUCAUCGUAAGGAUGACAAGUCAUUCUGGGAACUUCAGUGCCGGCUCCCUUACUUCUCCCAAAGCCUCCUAUAGCUGGAGAAGAGAAUGUUCUCCUUCGCAUUCUCCUCAUUCUUCAAGGGAUGGGGCCUGCAGCAGCCCUACCAUGGGAGAAGCCAGUAAAAAAAGCUUCAGUUCCUCCAGCCUCACAGGACAUGGCUACAAUUAUACAUACCCCAAAGUGUCUUUCAACAGAGAUCUUUUGACACCGCUCCACCUGGAUGUUGAUCCAGCUCUCCAAGAAAUAAAGACCAAGGAGAAAGAAGAUCUCAAGAUGCUCAAUGACCAAUUUGCUGCCUUAAUUGGGAAGGUCCAAAGUCUGGAACAGCACAACCAAGUUCUGGUUACAAGAUGGAACUUUUUGAAAGAACAAGACAAUUCCCUUUCUGAUUUAGACAUCAAACUCCUCUAUGACCGGUACAUGAACAAACUGAAUCUCGAAAUGCGAUCUAUUGAUGCGGAAAAAGAACAGCUGGACUCAGAACUUGAUGAAGUGCAUUCUUCUAUGGAUUCUUUCAGAAGCAAAUACGAAGAAGAAAUAAACAAACGCACGGGGAUGGAAUUCACCUUCGCAACACUCAAGAAGGACCUGGAUAAUGGCUUUCUCCACAAAACAGAACUGGAAACGAAACUAAGUGGACUUCACGCUUGGGUGGAAUUAAUGAAUAUUAUCCAUGAGCAGGAGCUUGAGGAAGUGAUGUCCCAGGUUAAAGAUAUUUCAGUUGUCCUGGGGAUUGACAACAACAGAUACAUUCCUGACCCCCACCAGAUUGUGGAGGAUGUGAGAGCUCAGUAUGAAGAUUUGGCUAUGAAAAGCUGGGAAGAGUUGGAGGCACUCACCCGAUCCAAGCUGAAUGAAAGAGAAGUGUUAUCUGCUAAGUACGGGGACCAUCUCCUUAACGACCGGAGAAUGAUUGCUGAGUUAAAUAUACAGAUCCAAAAAUUGAGGUCUUGCAUUACCUGUCUGAAAAGCCAGUGUCUACAUUUAGAGGAUAACAUCAAAGACGUUGGUCUACAAGGAGAAGCAUCCCUCAAGGAUGCCAAAGCAAAACUGGCAAAAUUGGAAGAUGCCCUGUAUAACGCCAGGCAAGACUUGGCUCAGCUGGUUAAGGAGUAUCAAGAGCUGAUGAAUACCAAGCUGGCUUUGGACAUUGAGAUUCUCACUUACAGGAAACUAGUAGAAGGAGAAGAAAUCAGCAUGGAAUCUCCAUCACCUGCAUUCAUUAGCAAAAUCUACUGCAGACCAAAGUCCUUUUUAUCCAACUCUGACAUCACAAAUGUCCCAGAUGUGGCAUCAGGAGCAAAAGAUUUGACAAAUAAAAUGAUCCAUAGUGGAAAUAGUUUGGUAACUGGACUUUCUAGAAAUCACAAUGAAAAUGAAGCCCUGACUGACACUAUAUUUGCCAGAACUCACAGUGAGACACGUGACAAUAUUCAAGAGGGCUCUGAUUCUGGAAGUCCAAGUCAUAGAAGUACAGAAUUGUUGACCUCCAAAUUUUCCAGAAAUCAAAGCGGAGAAAGCAGUCAUUCCUCUGGACGUAGAUACUAUAGUUCUAGAAAAGAAAGCGUACCAGUUGGUUACCAGUCUCAAAGCCAAGGCAGCAGAGAGUUUACAGAGAAUGCUUUUGGUAGAAGUCUCUGCCGUGAUAUCUCAGAAGACAGCCUUUUUAGAAGUUAUAGUGGGACUAGUGCGUCCUAUGUAGAAGGCUGGCUUUCUAGAAGCCAGAGUGAUGAUAAUGAAUGCGGAAAUGUUCAUGGAAAUGAAGAAUAUGCUGAACCUACUGUUUCCACAACCACCAGUGCUGAAGAUGAUGGGCUCCCUGAAGGUGGCGUUCCUGGAACUUAUCGUGAAAUGAACAGGGACAUCUCAGAGGUCAGCCUAUCUAGAAGCCAGAAUGAUGAACCUGAAUCUAGAGGCAGCCGUGAAAAAAUUGCUGAACCUGUACCUUCUAGAACGAGAAGCACUGAAGAUGGUGGAGUCCCAGUAGGUGGCAUUUCUGAAAGCAGCAGCAAGGCCAACAGAAAUACCGGUAGUUCUUUGGGUGACUUUUCUCCAAUACAAAGAGACCAAAGUCAAGACUCUACCAAUACAAUCGUUAGUCAAGGCCACACUGAAGGUACAGAGGAGAGCAACCCUCAUAAUUACCCCACUGAUAGUAAUACAGCCUAUGUAGAGGGGAGCCUUAGUGGUGAGAAAAAAUCCAUCUCAAAGGGUGGUGGCUUCAGAACCCCAAGUAUAAGAAGUACAACUUUAAGUGACAGUGUAUUUAUCAGAACUCCUACUAGUGUAGAUGAAGGUUUGUGUGAGGAGACAGAUUUAAAAAAUCAUAGUAAGGCAAGAGGAAGUGCUUUGGAAACCAAUAUUUCAGGAGACCCUAGUCCCAGAAGUGAAGACCUCUCACUGCCUGAACUUUCUAGACUCCAGACAACAGAGAAUAGAGGUAUCUCAAGAAAUAAUCCCAGCUGUUUUGUAUAUGGGAGAAAAAGCAAUUCAGAGAGUGGGCUUUCUAAAAACCACACCAACAGAAAAGAAGGCUUCACUCGAUGUGUUUUUGCCAGACCUCACAGUGUCCCAGAUAAAAGUGACUAUUCUAGCAGUCAGAUUGAUGGAAGCGAAGGUUUUGUAAAAGCUGUGGUUUCCAGAUUCAACAGAAGCAUUUUGGAAGGUGGUUCCUCCAGAGGUCAAAGCAGCAGAAGGGGAGCUGUAGCUGCUAAUCUUACGAAAGAUCAGAGUAAAGAAAUCAAAAGAGUUACAACUUUUCCAGAUUAUGAUGUCAGAAAUGCAAAUGAGACAAAGGAAGUGGUCUCACAGUCUGGUCCUUCCAGAACUGAAUGUGAACAAGCAGGCAGCUUUUCUAGAAAUCUCGGUGAUAAUAUAAGUCCUGUAAAGACUUCCACUCCUAUUCACCUUCACAGAAAAAAGGAAGAUGCUGCUGAACACAGCUUUUCUAGAAGCCACAGUGAAGAUAGUGGGAGUUUUAAAGCAGCUGAUUUCUUAUCAAGAAGCUCCAAUGAAGAAGAUGGAGAUAUCCAGGACGCUCAUGUUUCUACUAGUUGUGACAAAGAAAAUGAAAAAUGCACAGAGGGUGUGAUUUCUAGAAACUACAGUUAUAAAUGUGCAGUUACAUCCCACUCUAGAACUAAAAGUGACAAGGCUGAAGAUGUUCUAGAAAGAAGCCAAAGCCACAAUUCUGAAAGUGGAAAACUUUCCCCAUCUGGAAUUUAUAAAGACCAAAGUGGUGAAGGAGAAGAUCAAUCUGAAGUUGCCCUUUCUAGAAGCUACAGCAACACAGAUGAAGUUGCAGUGGAGAAUCCGUAUACAAGCCAUGACAACAGAAAUGAGUGAAAGGCCAGCAUUCUCACAUCCCAUUACCUUGGCUUAUGAGGUUUGCUCUGAUGUGUAACACUACUUUCCUUCCGGUGAAAUGUUAUUAUAUCGCAACCCAUCCACAAAGUAAGUUUCUCACAAACACAUGAAUAGGAAUCAGGUACCACAUUCUAGAAGCUCAAGUUCUUCUAAAGACAGAUGGAUUGUGAAUGGGAAUCCAUAAAAAUGUUUCUGUUAUCAACAUAACUAUAGAACACGGGAUCCUGCAGGCUUGAAGAUGACCCAAUCUUCUUUGGUUAUUAUAAUUUGUGAGUCAUGCUCAGAACAUUAUUUGAAUUUUUUAAUGCUAUACUUUAUGGUGAGGGGACUAAUAUUGCAGUUACAGUACUAGAGACGUAAACUGCAACGAAACAUAAACCAACACUAUCUAAUUUACUAUAUGUUGUUUGUUAUACUUUUUCUGUUAUUUACAUAUAUCAAAUUUUAAAUAUGUAUCAAAGUAAACAGUACGAUGCUUUGCAAGAAAGCUUAUUAGAUGGAUGCUAGUUAGUAUAUUUCACUGCUGAUCUUUGGGCUGAUUUCAAGAGUCUCCUUUUGAGUUGAUCCACUGAAUUCUUAAAGGCAAAAAUUAUUCUUUUCAUAUGCUUAGAAGCCUUUUGCGAACCUUAAUGGAUAGCAGCAUGCAUAGUGAAAACUCACCAGCCAGUUCUUGAAGGUUCGGUUUUUUGUUGAGUCUGUUAUUAAUUUGUUUUGUCUUGUUUUAGGCCAAGGAUCUUAAGGUGCCUGCAGACAUAUGCUUCAGCAUUCCCUUAAGUUGUUUCAUUUCUGAUAUUUGCACACCUAUGCAGAUGGAUAAACAUAGUCCAGAGGCUUCGUACAUUGCCUGACCGUUAUAGAAUCCAAUGCCAUGCAUCCUUUUAUCUUUGAUUGUAACCUCUGAGCAGAGUCUCAAAUUUAAAUCUUCAGUGAAGCCCUUGAACUUCUGAUAGCAAUUCAGUUGCAGAUGCCUAACUGAAAAGAAAUCUUAUGCUUUUCAGUGACUGUAAACAUGUGGCUAGGAAGGGGUAGAAAGAUUAAUAAGAAUAAUUUAACUCUUAUAGUUUUGUAUUGCAAUUUGCAUGCAAAAUACGGAGGGGAGGGAAAAUGUGAGAAGUAAAGUUGAAACCAAGCUAGUGAAGUUUCACCCAAAUUCAGGUCAAAAUGUCUAUCAAAACAUAACCAUAUUAUGUUUAUGCUAGCAUGUUAUAAUUCUGGGGAAAUAGCAGCAGGUGGGUGAAUAUUAUUUGUAUAUUUAUAUAAACCUAGAUAGGAAUAGUGAUAAAUGUCUUGUAUUUCCAAAUUAUAACUGGAAUUAUAAAACUGAAAAUGGGUACAGUAAUGAUAUUCAAGGAUUAGGAAUCUCGUGAUCAGAGCUAAAAAAAAAA